AUGGCGACGAAGCUCAAGUAUCUAUCCUCCACUGCCGAGGAUGUCAUCCAGAGAUGUGCACAGAAACUGGAGACUUGGGUAGAGAGAUUGGUGGAAGAUUUUGAAGGAGAAUGGAACCCUGAUACGGGAAACUACUGCAGAAAAUUAGUUGAAUUUUGCAGUGGGAAGGUUCUGAGUAAUAUGUGCCACAACAUAGAGGAAAACAUCAAUGAUGGCUCGUUUAGCAGGUUGACAUAUGACAUGAUGCUUGCGUGGGAGAGACCUAGCUACUAUGAUGAAGAAGAGCCCUCGGAGCAUGUAGCAAAGGAGAAAGAAGAAAGGAAGAUAACUGUGAAUGCCAAUCAAGAACUGGAUGAUAUCCCUCUUUUUUAUUCAGACAUCAUGCCCCUCCUUGUUAAUGAUGAGCCCAAUGUUGGAGAAGAUGCAUUUGUAUGGCUGGGAUCAUUAGUACCAUUAGUUGCUGAUGUAGCAAAUGGAAGGUUUACUUUCGAAACUCUAACAGCACCAACAGGUCUCCGACUACAUUUUCCAGCAUACGACAUGUUCUUAAAAGAAAUAAACAAGUGCAUAAGACAUUUGCAGAAACAGGCAACACCAAAUGGUGUGGAACUGGCUGAUGAUGAAUAUAUAUUACAUGUAGAUGGAACAGCCAGCAGUCAGAGAGUAGUUCGCCACAUUGGAUCAACAAGUUGGCCUGGUAGGCUUACACUGACCAAUUACUCUCUUUACUUUGAGGCUUCUGGAGUAAUAAAGUAUGAGGAUGCUCUCAAAAUAGACCUCUCCAAGAAUGUUGAGCAGAGUGUUAAACCUGCUGCAACAGGUCCAUGGGGAGCUCAACUUUAUGACAAAGCCAUAGUCUAUGAUUCUACUGAUUUAUCAGAGACAAUUGUACUGGAGUUUCCAGAGCUUACAAGUUCCACAAGACGUGAUCAUUGGCUUGCACUAGUAAAGGAAAUAAUGUUUCUCCACCAAUUUUUAUCGAGGCACAAGAUAAAAUGCCCAAUACAAACAUGGGAGAUGCAUACAAGGACAAUAUUGGGAAUAAUAAGGUUGCAUGCAGCAAGAGAAAUGCUAAGAAUUUCACCUCCUGUCCCAACAAAAUUCUUAAUAUUUUCCUUAUAUAAUGAGAUACCAAAGGGAGACUUUGUGCUAGAAGAGCUUGCUGGUAGCCUCAAAAAGGUCAAUAGUGAACAGAAAUGUAGUGCAAGUUCUAUCCUUAGGAGUAUGAACAUUUCUAAGACUAUAGUUUCUGAUGUAAUAAUAGAAGAAGCAAGUCAAGAAGAUGGAAGUGUUAAUGUUGUAGAUGAUAGUCCCUCAUUGGAGACUGCUAUCAAACAAUCUAGGGAGGAAGAAAAGGACUUUCUCAUUGCUGAAGCUACCACUGAAGAAUUAAAGGAGGAAGGAGUCACUGACAGUGUUUUGGUUUUAACGGAACUACUAAAGCCACUUAAAAAUGUGGUCCCUUGGUUUCAAGAAAUCUUCAACUGGGAAAGGCCAAUAUUUACUCUUGCUGUUCUUGCUGCAUCCCUGCUGAUCACAUAUAUGGAAUGGGUUGGCAAGGCAUUUGCAGCUUUCUUGAUUUGGAUGAUAAUAAAGAUGAUUGAGGCAAGACAGAAAAAGAUUAACGAGAAAUGCAAUGAAAUAGUAAUCAGUAGAUCCAGUAUGGCUUCUGACCAGUCAACGAUGGAGAGCAUCGUCUCAGCCCAGCAUGGAUUGUACACUGUUCAUGAGAUGAUGCAGAUAGCAAACAUAGCAAUGCUAAAGAUAUGGUCAAUACUUAUUUCAAAGGCUGAUAAGCAUGCAAAUUUAGUGAUGGUGGCAAUGAGUGGGUUGGCAGUCUUAUUGGCAGUAAUUCCAUUCAAAUUCUUCCUUAUGGGUCUCAUUUUGCAAAGCUUCACAAUGACAUUGAAGAUAGGAGAGUCAUCUGGAACAGGGAAUAGACGUUUGAAAGAAUGGUGGGACUCAAUACCAAUCGUCCCUAUUCGUGUAGUAGACGAGGUUCCCGUAACUGAUGAUGCUAAAUAG